AUGGUAAAUGGAGUCCUGAGGGUUGAGGCAGACGGAGGUCCUUAUAUGAAGAACAGUAAAAAUGGCUCGAUAUGUCUUUAUUUGGGGAAAAGAGACUUUGUGGAUCAUGUGGACCAUGUUGAUAUUGUGGAUGGGGUGCUUAAGGUGGACACAUCGGAACUUGAUGGAAGAAAGGUGUUUGUGGAGCUGGUUUGUUUUUUUGACUAUGGGAAUGAUGGGGAUGCAAUUGGUUUGAUCUUCUGCAAAGACAUUUGGAUUCAGCACAUUCAAAUUUAUCCUCCACCUGUUGAAGACAAACCAGUUAACACACCUUUGCAGGAUGCACUCAUGAAGAAUGCAGGGGAGGGAGCACACCCCUUCACUUUUAAUAGUCCAACAAAUCUGCCAUGCUCUGUAUUUCUUCUGUCAGCAACAUGGGACAAAGGCAAGGCUUGUGGUGUUGAGUUUAAUAAAGCCUACAUUGCCAACGAGGCUGAUGAUCCAGAUGAGAAAAUUGACAAGAAGGACACUUGUCAGUUGAGCAUUUGUAAAAUCCAGUAUGCACUAGACAAGUUGCUACCUGGGCCUGAAGUGAAGAUCUACAAGCUAUUCAUGCUUUCAGGAAAAAUGAUCCACCUGAUGGUCUCCAUAGAGAAAGAGGUUUAUUACCAUGGAGCACCAAUCCAGGUCAGAGUAAAAAUAAACAACAAGACCAACAAAGUGGUCCAAAAAAUCUAAAUUUCUAUUCACCAGAUAGUCGAUGCUGUGCUGUACUCAACUGACAAAUACACCAGAGUUGUUCUCUGUGAGGAAUUUCGGGAUCAAGUAAAUGGUCAAACCACAUUUGAGAAGGAAUACAUAGUCACUCCUCUACUGGCCAACAACAAAAAGAAACAUGGUCUGGCAGUGGACGGCAGACUAAAAGAUGAAGACACAAACCUUGCAUCAUCCACAAUUCUGCAAGCUGGCAUAUACAAAGAUGUACCGAGCAUUCUGGUGUCUUACAAAAUCAAAGUCAACCUCAUGGUGGUCAGUGGUGGUGUCUUGGGAAGCCUUACAUCCAGUUACUGCCGAAAUACCUCUGAUCUUGAUGUCACCAAAGCCAACAGUUGGAACAGAUGUCUUCAGCCCACCACCCUCACCUCUACUGCUGCCAGGGCCUCUCCAUCCACCCACCACCACAGCCUCAACUCUCUCCAUUCUGGAGAGGGACUUCAACAAGCUCUUCAAGAAGCUGAACCCCGCAAAGUAGCAGACAUCUUCAACACCUCACUGGAGACAUGUCAUGUGCCAGUCUGCUUCAAGGCCUCCACCAUUAUCCCUGUCCCCAAAAAGCCAAUGAUCACAGGAGUAAAUGACUACUGA